CGCGGGAGGCCCUGCGCGUCUACGCGAUGGGCACAGCGGUGAUCCUGGCGCAGCUGCUGCGCCGCUGCCUCGGGGGCUUCUCGGAGCCAGCAGGUGGCCACGCGUGAGAGGCGCGCCCCCGCUCAGCCCCUCCUCCCCCGGGCCUGGACGAUGGAGGGGAAGAGCCCCGACAGCUGCCCGCCGGACCUCAAGCUGGUGGCCCACCCGCGCGCCAAGAGCAAGGUGUGGAAGUACUUCGGCUUCGACACCAACGCGGAGGGGUGCAUCCUGCAGUGGAAGAAGAUUUACUGCCGCAUCUGCAUGGCGCAGAUCGCCUACUCCGGGAACACCUCCAACCUGUCGUACCACCUGGAGAAGAACCACCCCGAGGAGUUCUGCGAGUUCGUCAAGAGCAACACCGAGCAGAUGCGUGAGGCCUUCGCCACCGCCUUCUCCAAGCUGAAGCCCGAGGCGUCGCAGCUGGCGGCACAGGACCCGCUGGCCGCCGCCAAGGCCGGCCUCAGCCACGAGGCCAAGAGGCAGCAGGAGCUGACGGCCGCCGUGCUCGGCCUCAUCUGUGAGGGGCUGUACCCGGCCUCCAUCGUGGACGAGCCCACCUUCCGCCUGCUGCUGAAGACGGCGGACCCCUGGUACGAGCUGCCCAGCAGGAAGUUCUUCUGCGCCAAGGCCAUCCCCGAGAAGUACGGCGCCGUGCGCGAGGCAGUGCGCAAGGAGCUGGCCGACGCGCCCUGGUGCGGCCUGUCCACCGACGUGUGGCGAAGCCACAACCAGAACCGGACGUACGUCACGCUGGCUGCCCACUUCCUCGGCGGAGGGGCCCCCCACGGCCUGUCCCCGGGCUCCCGGUGCCUGAAGACGUUCGAGGUGCCCGACGAGAACGCGGCGGAGACCAUCACGCGGGUCCUGUACGAGACGUUCAUCGAGUGGGGCAUCAGCGCCAAGGUGUCCGGGGCCACCACGGACGGCGGCAAGGACGUGGCCAAGGCCUGCUCGCUGCUGGACAUCGCGGUGCAGAUGCCCUGCCUGGGCCACAGCUUCGACGCCGGCAUCCGGCAGGCCUUGCAGCUGCCCAAGCUGGGCGGGCUGCUGGCGCGCUGCCGCCGGCUGGUGGACUACUUCCAGCAGUCCCCGGUGGCCAGGUUCAUGCUGCAGGAGAAGCAGAAGCUGCAGCGCCGGGCGCCCUGCAUGCUGGUCAGCGACCGCGUGUCCUGGUGGGGCAGCACGCUGGCCAUGCUGCAGCGCCUGCUGGAGCAGCAGUUCGUCAUCGCGGGCGUCCUGGUGGAGGACAGCAACAACCACCACCUCAUGCUGGAGGCCGCCGAGUGGGCGGCCAUCGAGGGCCUCGUGGGGCUGCUGCAGCCCUUCAAGCAGGUGGCGGACAUGCUGAGCGCGUCCCGGCACCCCACGGUCAGCAUGGUCAAACCGCUGCUGCACAUGCUGCUCAGCACCACGCUCACGGUCAAGGAGACGGACUCCAAAGAGACCAGCAUGGCCAAGGAGGUCAUCGCCAAGGCGCUGGCUGAGACCUACCAGGAGACGCCCGAGAUCGACAUGUUCCUCAACGUGGCCACCUUCCUGGACCCGCGCUACAAGAAGCUGCCCUUCCUGUCCGCCUUUGAGCGGCAGCAGGUGGAGAACCGGGUGCUGGAGGAAGCCAAGGGCCUCCUGGACAAGGGCAAGGACGGCGCGCCCGCGGCGGCGGCGGCGGCGGCCGAUGACAAGGCCUUCGGGCAGGCGGAGGAGCCGCCCGCCAAGAAGCCGGGGCUGCCGUCCACACCGCCGCCGCCCACCAGCGUCAUCAACAGCAUGCUGGCGGAGAUCUUCUGCCCCACGGGCGGCGUGGAGGACCAGGAGGAGGUGCACGCGCAGCUGCUGGAGGAGCUGAGCAACUUCAAGUCCCAGAAGGUGCUGGGGCUGGGCGAGGACCCGCUGCGCUGGUGGUCGGACCGCCUGGCGCUGUUCCCGGUGCUCCCCAAGGUUCUGCGCAAGUACUGGUGUGUGGCGGCCACGUGCGCCCCGCCCGAGCGCCUCUUCGGCGCCGCGGCCAGCGUGGUCAGCGCCAAGAGGAACCGCCUGGCGCCGGCGCACGUGGACGAGCAGGUGUUUCUGUACGAGAACAGCCGCGCAGGGGCGGAGCCGGAGCCGGAGGGCGAGGGCGAGGGGGACUGGGGGCUGGACCAGGAGCAGGCCUUCACGUUCGGGGAUGCGGUGCACAGCGGCUUCUUCGGGGUCCGGGAGGGCGGAUUCGCGUAGCGGGGGUGGAAGGGGGGCGGCUCAGGAAAGCGGUAUAGGGGCGGGGUGCUUGGCCGUGCGCACAGACAAACCACAAAAACAAAGCCGAGACUGGGGAGGGCUGGAAGACGGCACCAGUCGCAUCCCAGUAGAAGAAGGGACAUCCGCUUCCAUAACCAGCAUGCGUCCCCGCCCUCACUGAGGACAGGACGAGGGACUCUGUGAUCUGUGAUUCCCACAGCUGAAAGUCACAACUACCGGCAGAGGAGAAUGAACCCAUCCCUCCGAGGCCCCAGCACCGUGUGGGGCGCCCCGGCGCUCCUUCCGCGGGGAACACGCGUGCGCAAAUCCGAACCCUGCCUCUCAGAUUCACCAGAGUCUGGAACCAAAUGCGCACUGGUGUUUGUUGUGGGGUAACAGCUGUUCGAAGUGACCGCGCCAUGGAAGCGCAUAUUAAACACCAGAAAACUGGC